UGAAUCAAUAACACAGACGGAUCCGCUCUGGUGUUUAGUUUGUAGGUUUUUGUGGCUGUGAAAGUUGAUUUCGUACUGAAAUGAAAUGUCGUCCUGUGCUCAGCGGCUGGUUUCGGCCAUGUUGGAGGAGUUCAUGUCGGCGGCGGUCACUGAAAUCUGUCAGAGAGUCAAAGUGGAGCCGGAUGAAGGCUCACAGGAGGAGCUGCGGGCUGUCAUCAGGAGGCUGUGUGCGGCUCUCCUGCAGGAGCUGAGGAGGCUGCUGGAGGAGAACCAGGAGCUGCAGGAGCAUCAGCAGGACGGCGAGCUUCUGCAGGACUCCACCCGCCCUGCAGGUGAAGAAGACGCUCAGGUGAAUACGAGCCGUCAGUCACACAGUCCUACAGGUGAAAACAGCCAAUCAGAGCAGACUCCUCCGGCGGACAGCAGACGGACCUUCAGCUGCAGCGUCUGCAGCAGCAGCUUCUCCAGACGGACCAACCUGAGCGCUCACAUGCGCGUGCACAGCAGAGAGCGGCCCUUCACCUGUCCCACCUGUGGGAAAGCUUUCUCUGCCCGGAGCAGCGUCAGAGUCCACCAGCUCACAGUGCACAACAAGCAGCGGCCCCACCGCUGCUCUCACUGCGGGAAGGUUUUCGGCACCCGCAGCCACCUCAGGACGCACCAGGCGUCCAGCUGGCGGCGCCACAGCCGACUCACCUGUUUGACCUGCGGCCAGGCGCUGGCAGCGAGGUGCUGCCUCCGAGAGCACAGGCUGACCUGCCAGAAGACAGACAACAGGUUCAGGUGUGCAGAGUGCGGGAAGGAGUUCUCCAAACACACUUACCUGUCCGCACACCAGAGAGUCCACUUGAAGGACAAACCGUUUAAAUGCCUUACCUGUGAGAAAGGCUUCACCACGCGCCGCAGCGCGCACGUCCACCAGCUGACCGUCCACAGAGGACUGAGGCCGUUUACCUGCAGUGUCUGCAGAAAGACAUUCAGCCAGCAGAGCGGCCUCAGAGCUCACAUGAGGACACACACAGGUGAGCGGCCGCACACCUGCGAGCAGUGCGGGAACAGUUUCUCCAGCAGAAGCAGUCUGUCGGUGCACCGCCGCGUCCACACCGGAGAGAAGGCCUUCAGCUGCGACACCUGCGGGAAGAGCUUCAGCGUGUCGGCCAACCUGCGCCGCCACCAGCUCGUCCACUCGGGCCGCCGGCCGUUCAGCUGCGACGUGUGCGGCCGCAGCUUCACGCAGGCCGGACACCUGAAGGUGCACCGCGCCGUGCACAGCGGAGAGUGGGCGUUCAUCUGCAACGCCUGCGGAAAGGGCUUCAGACAGCGCGGCGCGCUGCUGCUGCACGAGCGGAGCCACGCCGGCAUCAAACCGCACAGCUGCGGCGAGUGCGGAAAAAAGUUCUCCUCGUCCGCGACGCUGAAACGCCACCAGCUGGUCCACAGCGGGCAGAAGGCCCACACCUGCGACGAGUGCGGCAAGAGCUUCAGCAGCGCCCAGAUCCUGAAGACUCACCUGCAGCUGCACGGCGGCCACAAGCUGUUCUCCUGCGACGUGUGCGGACGCGGCUACAGCUCACUGAGUUACCUGAGGACGCACCGGCGCAGCCACUCGGAGGGGAAGCCGUUCAGCUGCGCUCAGUGUCAGAAAAGCUUCUCCACGCAAGCGAGCCUGACGCUGCAUGCGCGCACGCACAGCGGAGAGAAGCCGUACGUGUGCGAGGUCUGCGGGAAGAGCUUCAGCGUGGCGCAAAACCUCGUCAGACACAAACGCGUCCACAGCGGAGAGAAGCCGUUCGAGUGCCGCGUCUGUGGGAAGAGAUUCAGCCAGAACAACAACCUGAAGACUCACCAGCUGGUUCACACGGGACAGAAACCGUUCAGCUGCUCCGCCUGCAGCAGGAGCUUCACCUCCAGGAGGAGCCUCAGGGAGCACAAGUGUGACUCCGCCUGAUGAAACUGGGGGUGAUGACGAGCCGCAGCCCCUGGAUCGGGUCCGACCAAAAUCAGGAGUGGAGCUGAAAGCUCGCGCUGAUGUUUGAAACUCAACAGGAGAGAAAACAUCUUGUGCAUCCUGUUAGUGAAAGCCAGACUGAAGGACGUUUUGGGACGUAACAAAAUCCAGAAGUGUCUUUAAAUAUUUGAGCUGAAGGAAAAAUGAAGACAGACAUUUUGCUGGUCUCUGGUGGUUCAGACCGUCAUACUCAUGAACUAACAUUAACUGGGACAGCAGACUUCCUGCCACCUGAUCAUGUGUUCAUUGAUUUAUUUCUACCUGUCUGUGUGUUUGUACAUCGAUCUCAUCCUGAUAGUCAACACCUUUAAAGACGUGAAAUAAACUUUGGUGUGAAUGUUUUGGAAAUUAUCAAAAUAUGAAAUCUUUGGAGAAAAUGUUGAAAUAUUCUGUCCAGGAUGAAACAGCUGCU